AUUAAAACAAAGCAUUUUUAUUGAUAAAAAUAUUUAUAGAUAUUUUUAUUUUUAUUUUUUCAGACUUUUAAUGGAUAUACGUUAAAAAAUACAUCUUUUUUAAGUUUUUUAAAAUGCUUGAAAAAACGUUUGUGCAUAAAAACUUAUCAGCUGCCAUAUGUAUUUUGGCUGUUUUCGCCGCAUUUUCAGCUAUACCAACAAUUAUUGCUGGGUUUAUAAAUCUAGCCACAUAUGAAGCUGCAGUUGUUGAUGCAUCUGCUGGAAUUUGGUGCGGCUUGCUGCUGCUGUUAAAUGUAUUCUUGGGAUUUUUGACCGUGGGCACACGAAAUAUGUUUUUGGCUGGAACAUACAUGCUUGGUAAUUUACUAUGUUUGAUGGUUUGCCUGUAUGGAAUUAAAGUCUCGGCUGAUUAUUACGUGAUUUUUAAAGAUUACCAAAGUUACUUGGAUAAUGAUCAAUAUGUUUGCUUUAAUUUGCAGCCAUCGUGUCUUUGUAAGCUGAUAAAUGGGAAUUCAAGUAUUCCUUUCGAAAAUAGUUUUUACGUUCCUGAUUGCAGCAUGUAUGCUUUUGGCAAAGAUUUAUGGUUGUUUAUUCUUAUACUUGUAAUAACCUGCUCGUUUUGGUCAUUGAACGGCUCAAUACUUGGUUUAGCUUGUUUCGUAGAAAAAACAAAGCUUUUUAAGCGUAAAAAGAGAGGCGUAGCAAACGAAGCGUAUGACGCUCCAGAUCAUGGACCUACAGGUGGACGUGGAAACUACGCAUUCAAUCAAGACACAUUGGAAAGACCGCCUCGACCAAGAAUAAUGUAGUUGGAUUUUCAUGUUUUGCACUCAAACAUAAUUUAUUCUUUUUUUGUGAAUUUUUUAAUAUUUUUUAUUUUUAUUGUAAUCACGAUCCUAUGGAAUAUCAACUUUGUUAGACAAGACAAGUCAUCUUUGUUAGAUAUGACAUUCAAGAAUAUCUAUUAAAAUCGCACAUCAAUAUAUGUAACUUAAUCUUGUAUUUCACAAUUAUACUUAACCACUUGCAUCUAAUAAAAUAACAUACUUAA